AUGCCAAGCGAAUCACCAGAAGGGAAUCAGGCUGACAGCCCUGAUCAAGCUAAGCCAGCGACUGAAGGUCUGGCCUGCAAUGGCUGCCGCAAAGCGAAGCUACGCUGCUCACGAGAUCGGCCGAAUUGCUUGCAUUGCCGAAAGACAGGUCUUGAAUGCAUCUACGAAUCCAAACGGAACAAGCCAGGCUUGAAGCCAGGCGCAGUCGAGAACCUUCAUCGCCGACUGGAUGAGCUUGAACGUCGCCUUGAAGAGAAAGAUGCUAGUGAAGCAAGACAUCCUGGAGGCGACGCUGACAAUUCGACAGUUAGCGUCAGCAACGGCAGUGACGCUACAGCUCAUGAUGUAUUGGCUUUAUUGGCUAGAGAGCUCCCAAAGCUGGUGGGUCAAAACAAGACGCAGUCCGUCACGACACCUGCAUUGAGCGAGCAAAGCUACAAACGUCGACGGCUAGACGACACCUCAGACGUCCCAUCGUGGACUGGCGAUGCUCCCACGUUACCAAGAGCUGACAUGCUAGAAACAAUCUUGACUGCUUACUUCACGCAUGUACACCCUUGGAUACCUAUGAUUCACCAGGGUCGAUUUUUUGAGAGACUUGCCGAUGAGACACGGCGUGACCAGCUGCUGAUCAUCCUCCAUGCUAUGGUCCUGGCAGCAUCGAAGUUUGUACCUGGCGCGACUGUUCAGGUCUUUGAGCACACCAGGAAGUGGAUUAUCUGCAGCGCUAUGGACAGCCUCUCGGUCGAAAAUUUGCAGGCAUUGACCAUCCUGACGUUUAAUGACUUCGGCGAUGGAAACGCCGAGAAGACGUGGUCUGUCAUCGGGUCCAUGACGCGUACAGUCGAGUACGCUCAGCUUGCGCAAGAACAAGAAGAGGGUGAGCGGAGACCUUUUUCACAGCCCUUCGCACCCCUGCAUCACACUGGCGACUGGACUGAAGUGGAAGAGAGGCGCCGAGUUUUCUGGAACAUCUUCCUCCUCGAUAGGUUAUGCUCGGUGACGACCGCCUGGAAUACAAGCCUGACGUCUGACGACGUCUAUCGAAGGCUACCGUGCGACGGGCAUCUCUGGCGUAAACAAAAGCCUGUCUUGACACCGUACUUUGGCAUCUGGGACAGGUCGCGAGGCCGCAUUGGGAAUCCUGUCGAUUUCAUAUCUUGUCAUCCGUCCCAAGGGCACGGCAACUGCAGUAUCGAUUUGCGCAACCCAGCCAGUGAUCCACCAUUGAGAGUGGGCUUCUCUCAGCAUGCACCUUCGGAUAUGUCGACGGUUGGUGCGUUUGCAUACAACAUCGAAGCGACUGAGUCGAUGAGCCGAGUCAUGAGCUACUUCCUGCAGCAGAAGGUGAACUUGCGCGAUCAGAACGACAUUAAUUCUUGGCUCACUCGGUUCAAAGAACUGGACCUGCGCCUCGUUCAUUGGAAGAUGCUAUUACCACAGAAGUGGAAAGCCAAUCCGAAUCUCACCCGCCAGGUGCCGCUCAUGGACCCUAAUCUUACUACUGCCCAUGUUACGCACAACACUUCCAUGAUUCUUCUUCAUCAGACCAUUGCGUACCCACCCACACAUUGGGGGUUUCGAAAAAAAUUGCCAAGCGGCUGCAGUGUGGAAGCUUGCUACUUAGCUGGAGUUGAGAUCGCGACUAUAACGCAGAAGUACCUGAGGAAGUCAAUGAACAACUCUCCGAUCGGCAGUCAAUAUGCGUUCUGCAUCUUCAUUGCCGCAAGAGUCCUCCUUGUUCAUUGGCGCUACGAAUCUGGUAAUCAGUUACCCACAGAGUUCUGGUCACUUGUGCAUAGCCUGGACGAGAUGUCCGUACGAUGGUGUGCAUUCGCCAAGUCGCCUCAAACGCAGAACCUGUUCGCCAAGUAUGCGUCCCGACUGAAGGAGCUCUACGAUGUCUGUUCAACCAAUCUCAACCAUCAGAUCGAUGUUAUGAACUACACCAGUGAUAUUCACAACUGCUACAAGCACGAUAGAUCUGCCGGGGAUCUCAGUGUCUGGCCCAUGGCUCCCCAAGGGCUGAAUCAAGCGAUACCUGAGGCCAGCACAAUUCUGCCGCCGAACGCCCCAGAAGCGCUGGACUUCACUUCCAUACCCCCAAUCAUACUCGAUCAGGACUUCGUUGAUCUGGACCGAGUCAUUGCUUUCGACGACGGGAGCAUGUUCACAGCAGCAUUCGACGCCGCUGCCUCCGCGUGGUGA